AUGGGUAAAUUAACGCAACUUUUGUCUCAUCCUUUGGAGCUUAAGGCUGCCUUAAAGUGGAAGUUUAUCCGGAAACCACUUUACUCUCUUGAAGAUACCAAAGCUUCGCCGGAAUUACAAAGAUGUUGUGAGUUGCUGGACAUCACGUCGCGUUCUUUUGCUGCAGUUAUCAUGGAAUUGCAUCCGGAAUUGCGUAAUGCCAUCAUGCUAUUCUAUCUCAUUUUGAGAGCGCUUGACACAGUGGAAGAUGACAUGACGAUAGACCCGGAAAUCAAAAUUCCACUUUUACGCGAGUUUGACUCGAAACUCGAUCUCCACGACUGGUCAUUCGACGGAAAUGCUCCAACGGAAAAAGAUCGGUGUGUAUUGGUUGAGUUUCCGUGCAUUUUGAAAGAAUUGCACAAAUUGAAACCGGAAUAUCAGAAGGUGAUCAAGGACAUUACUCGCCAGAUGGGGAACGGAAUGGCGUCGUACAUCUUGGACGAAAACUUCAAUCUCAACGGUGUCUCAACAAUCAAAGACUACGACCUCUACUGUCACUACGUAGCGGGAGUUGUGGGAGAUGGGCUCACUCAACUGAUCGUGCUAGCCAACUUCGGAACCAAGGACUUGUACGCCGAGUCCGCGCAAACGUUCGAAAGCAUGGGCCUCUUCCUGCAAAAGACAAACAUUAUCAGAGACUACGCCGAAGAUCUCGAAGACGGACGCUCUUUUUGGCCCAAAGAAGUGUGGUCUCUCUACGCUAACAAACUGAUGGAUUUCUCAAAACCUGAAAACACCCAGGCCGGAGUCCAUUGUAUAAAUCAUUUGGUUCUCAAUGCCCUAUCUCACAUCGAAGACGUGCUGUUGUACCUAAGCUCCGUUCACGAACAAUCUACUUUCCAAUUCUGUGCUAUUCCUCAAGUGAUGGCCAUCGCCACGCUAGCUCUAGUUUUCAAUAACCCCGCUGUGUUGCACAAAAACGUCAAAAUCAGGAAAGGCACAACCUGUUACCUGAUCUUGAAAUCCAGGACUUUCCGUGGGUGCGUUGAAAUCUUCCAAUAUUAUGUCCGUUAUAUCAAAAAGAACCUUCCCGUGGAAGACCCCAACUACCUCAAGAUCAACAUCAGAAUUGGCAGGAUAGAACAGUAUAUCGAAGGAAUGUACCAAGAACAGUUGCCUGCUGGAGUCGCACCUAACAAGACAGUCAUCUACGAGAAAGUUCAGGAAAGGACCGUUUGCGACGCGAAAAUUGCCUCCAAGCUGACGGAUGAGGAAUAUCAGUUUAAUAUGACCCUCACAAUGUUCUUGACCGUCGCUGCAGCGAUAAUCUGUUACGUUAAAUGA